UUAGCACAUGACAAGAAUGGUUACUCGCUGAAGAAUAUUUGUUUGCACAUUAGUUUUAUUUAAUUAGGCCUAAACAGUUAUGUGCAUGCAUUAUGUACGAACUAUUUGACGUCGCCAAGUUAUUGUCAGUAAGAAAGGAUAAUGUAGCAAAUAGUGAAACCAGUGACAUUAAUGUCGGCGACAGUAGUACUCCGUCGCCUUCCCCUUCACCGGAAAAAGUUUCCAUCAAAAGAUAUGCAUGGCGAGAGGAAGGUGAAAAGUGUUUGCUUGCCGUAUAUUGCUCAAAUGAUUAUCUGUUGCUUCGAUACAAACCUGCCAGUGAUCUUCCCAUUAUAAAGCAAAUACCAUGGCCAAAAGUAAACACAAUUGUUUCUCUUUGUUUUGAUCCAACAUUAGUAUGGCUGCUUGUUUUAACAGAAAGUCCUGAUAUUUAUAUUAUUCCGGCCUUAUGUCUCUUGGAACCCAAAGCUAGAAUAAACCAACUAUGGACAACAAAUGAUGCUACUUUAAUUCCUCUUUCAAAGCCUGCUGGUGUUGUUACUAAAAUUUGUUGGUGGCAUACAUGGGAAGAUGAUCAGAUUGCUAUAUAUGGCACCAAGGAAGGAGAAAUUAUAUUUGUUGAUUUGUUACGAAGAAAGAUAGUUACAAGUAAAUCUGUUAAUGGCUGUGUAAUUGAUUUAGAUAUUGUACAAGAUGAUCAACAGAUGACAACAUCACUGUUGAUUACAGGAAAUUCUGGUAACCAAUGGAAAUUACUUCUUGAGAGUAGCUCGCCACAAAGAUGGACACCAUUAAAUGAUGUUAGUGCAUUUGGAGCAGACAAAAGAUUACCCAUUGUUAAAAAUAUUUUAGUUAAAUCAGAUGAGGGUCGAUCAAUGUUUACACCAGUUAAAUUUCAACAAUUUGAUCGUUCAGUGAUACUGUAUCCUCAGAAUGCUAAGGGCCGCCAUUUUGUAACGGCACAUUGUGAUAAAACUUCAACAUAUCAGGUAUAUGAUAGCUGUGUAGAACAUUCACCAUUUUUCAUAUAUAAAUUACCUAUCGGUACAUAUGAUGUGAUAUUAACUGAUAGUAUUAUAUUUGCUGUAUCUAGUAUACACGGACAACGUCUGCUUGUUAUAUCCAAUCAAAAAGCAGAAAUCUCUUCAGAAGAUCAACAGGAUUUCAAUAAAGAUGCUAUUCUGCAAAAGUUUGAGAUGCCACAUGGAGAAAAAGUCUUGGGAACUGAGAAAAAGAGUUUUCCAUUUUAUUGGCAUGAGAAAGCAGAAGCUGCCUCAAAGCAAGAAAAGAAUGAUUCAAGUGGAAUUCCAUCUCUACAGUCAAUACCUAUUACAUCCCAUACUGUUUUAGAUGGCUGUAUCAUAGUUACCAAUUCUUCUGUCUUUGAAUGUAGACCAAGAACAUCACCUGAAAGAUUAUUUAUAAAAUUAGCAGUAGAGAAUAGUGAUGCUGCUAUAGCAGAAUCUUUAGGUAUCAGUAUUGGGUUAAAUCUGUCCAAUCUGUUUGAAUUAGCUGCUGAUUAUCUUCUAGAAGUUAAUCAAGCAUCUCAAGCUCUCAAUCUUUAUCAUAUAUCUAAAUGUUCAUACUUAAAGAGGGUAACCAGUUUAUUAAAGCAUAAGUAUUAUUCAGAAGCAAUGACAUUAUUACAGAGAGUUCUGGGUAAUAGUCAUAUUGAGUUAAAUACAGCAGAAAGAAAACAUAUGUCAGAUCUAGCACUACGUUGUUAUAUACACCAAAUAGGAAGUAGACAAAAUAACAGUACAGAAUUUCUACAAGAUUUCAGAACAUUUCUACUGGGAAGUUUUUCUUUUGAUGAAAAAAUAGCCUUAGAACUUUUAGCUGAAUAUGGUUUUAUUGAACAGAUACUAGAUUUUGCCAAGGCGAGAGGUCUUGUUAUGGAAGCAUUAGAUUUAUUACAGUCUAAAGGAAGGUAUAAUAUACCGUUACAUUUAUUAGAAGAUCUUAUUUCUAGAGGUUUCCAGGCACAUUUAUUGAAGGCAGGAGAAGGAACAUUUAUCCAGUGUUUAUGUAGUGAAGAUCUAGUUAAAUUGUUAUUAGUUAAACCUCAGUUAGCUAUACAGAACAUCCAUCUACUGGAAACAGAAAUAACAAAUUUACAUAUAGAUUUAUUAUCUAGAUUAGCAGAAGUGUUUGAUCCUUCUAAACAAGUAAUGCAAGGUUUUCUUAAAAGAAAGUCAAGGUCUAGACAGAGGACUACAAGUUUAAAUUCUUUGACAUCAUUCAUCGGAGAACAAUCAGAAGUCAUGAUGAUCAGCGAUAAUAUUGAUAAUUAUGAACUGGUUGAAUUUUUUCUGCGAAUAGUUCUCCUACUGAAUAAUAGACGACAGUUAAACUGUACCAAACCUCUUAAUAUUCAUCAACUUUUAACUAACUGGGAUUUUGAUUAUACAGAAAUAGGUGAUAUAUAUACAUCUGGAUGUGCAUAUUUUGGUCAGUUGGGUAUAGGUGAUAAUAUUAAAAGAACAAAACCAGUUGUAAUAGAAGGAAUACCAGAAGGUGUCAUAGCUAUAUCUACUAAAUAUUUUCACUCAAAAAUACCUGUGAUGUUGACUAAGAUUAAUGAUCAUCAGUUUAUUAGUGCUAGAUCUGGUGGUGAAUAUACUAUAGCUCUUGAUAGUGACUACCAGGUGUGGGUCUGGGGCAAAAACGAAAGUGGACAGGUGUCUGAAUAUUAUGGAGAAGAUUGUGAAUUAUACAGAUUACCCGAUCUUGGUACUAUAGGAACACAACCUUAUUGUUCUAGAACCAUUCCAGUAGUUCUAAAGCACAUGCCAUCAUAUUGUAAUAGUUUAACUAUAUUACGUCUGGCUGUUGACAUAGGUGAUUGGCAGACGGCAGCAGAUAUUAAUAUACUUAAUCAUAAUUAUAGUCAGGCUUUGUCUUGUCAUUUGUUAUUAUUAAGUAAAAUAAAAGAUAUAAGUAAAGAAGAAUUCUGUGAUAUAAGUGUUGAUGUGAUAGAAAAACAUUUCAGGUAA